AUUUCACUGUGACCGCAGAGGAGCAGCACAGCGCACUGUGCCUCGCUGAAAUGACUGCGAUGUGGUGACAGUGCGCAAAGUCAGACCAAGCUCCGUCGGUGCUCCUGUCCAGUGCAGUCGGGAUCCGGGGUUUAAACACACCGCUUCGCUCAGCUUUUGGUUCAGUUUUGCAGCACAGCAGUGCACCGACUUUGGACUUCACAUCUCAUGCCGAUGAGACGUACUGAGAAUCUCACAUCAGGAAUACUGGUUAUAGAUACUCAAUUUGCUGCGACUGAACAGUUUUUGAGUAAAAAAAGAGUCUGAUGAGCCUGAUAAGUGCAGCAGGGCCGGCAGCAGGUUUCCAGGGUGGUUCACGCCAGCGAGACUUUAUAAUGGAGCAGAAAGUCGGGAAGCUAACAUCUGGCUUCCAGCGCAGCUCCACAUCUGAUGAUGACUCAGGCUGCGCACUGGAGGAGUACGCCUGGGUACCACCUGGUCUUCGACCUGAACAGGUGCAGUUAUAUUUCUCCUGCCUGCCGGAGGAUAAGAUCCCCUACGUCAACAGUCCAGGAGAGAAGUUCAGAAUAAAGCAGCUCCUCUACCAACUUCCACCACACGAUAACGAGGUUCGUUAUUGCCAGUCACUCAGCGAGGAAGAGAAGAAGGAGCUACAUAUGUUCAGUGUCCAGAGGAAGAAGGAAGCUCUGGGCAGAGGCACAUUAAAGCUGCUGCCCCGCAAUCUUCUGAACAGCAUUUGUGAGCAUUGUGGUAAAAACAUGAACGGUGGAGAAAUGGCAGUGUUUGCCUCAAGGGCGAGUCCUGGGCUGUGCUGGCACCCGGCAUGCUUUGCCUGCUCCACAUGCAGGGAACUGCUGGUGGACUUGAUCUACUUUUACCACGAUGGAAAGAUCCACUGUGGGAGGCACCAUGCUGAGUUACUCAAACCACGCUGCUCAGCCUGUGAUGAGAUAAUCUUUGCAGAUGAGUGCACAGAGGCAGAGGGUCGCCACUGGCACAUGAAGCACUUCUCCUGUUUUGAAUGCGAGACGACUCUGGGUGGGCAGCGGUACAUCAUGAAGGACGGCAGACCGUACUGCUGUGGCUGCUUCGAGUCUCUCUACGCAGAAUACUGUGAGGCCUGUGGGGAACACAUUGGUGUUGAUCAUGCUCAGAUGACCUAUGAUGGGCUUCACUGGCACGCCAGUGAGAACUGCUUCAGCUGUGCCCAGUGUAAGAGGUCUUUAAUUGGUUGUCCCUUCCUUCCACACCAUGGUCGUAUUUACUGCUCCAAGGCCUGCACUCUUGGGGAAGAUGUGCAUGCCUCCGACUCUUCUGACUCAGCCUUCCAAUCAGCACGCUCACGUGAAUCCCGCUGCAGCGUGCGUUUAGGCAAGAGCAGUUGCUCAGCUGACCAAUGCCGACAGUCACUUCUCUUCUCACCCUCUGUCAACUAUAAGUUCCCUGGCUUUAGUGCAAACGCCGAUGACACCCUAACCAACAAGCUUGCCCACAUGAACUUGUCAGAUGAGCAUUUUUGGAGGGGGCGUGUUGAGGAGACUGAGGCACCUGAGGACCAGGAGGAGGAGUGGGCUGAGCAUGAAGACUACAUGACUCAGCUGAUUUUAAAGUUUGGUGAACACGGGGUCUUUCAGCAAGCCAAUGACUCUAGACCCACAGAUUUUUGGAUUGCCGACAAGGAUGCAAAGUUAAUGCAGGAGUCAUCAAAAACUGGCAGUGGUGGAGGAGAAGGAGGAAGGGGUGGCUUAGUCAGUAAGAAGUACCAGACUGACAAGUACUGGGCGCAGUCACAGGAUGGGCUAGGGGACUCUGCCUAUGGUAGUCAUCCAGGACCGGCGAGUAGCAGAAAAAUCCAGGAGCUGGAGCUGGAUCAUGGGGCAGGAGGAGGCUUCCAAGGAGAGGAACCACAAUGGUACAAUGACUCUUUAGAGUGCAUCACAGAUGAAUUCAAGAAGACAGAUCAGGGUGUCCAUGAUUCCAUGGAGUCCCUUGCUCUCUCCAAUAUUACUGGGGCCUCAGUAUGUGGUGAUUACAUUGCUGGACCUCAGGCAUAUUCGCUGCAAGGCCUCCAUGAAUUUGAGACAGAAGACUGUGAGAAAACCAGUAAUAUGGGAACCCUCAACUCUUCCAUGUUACAUAGAAGUGAAAAUUCUCUAAAGAGUCUUGAGCAGGAGGAAGAAGUAGAGGAGAAUGCUCCAGAAGAAGAGGAAGUGCCCCCGGAGGACAGGCCCAAACCAUAUGUCCCUGCCAUCAGAAGGACACGUUCACAAUCUAGGCCUCAGCAAGUCAAAUUCUCUGAUGAUGUGGUGGACAACGGCCAUUAUGGGGAUCUCCCAUUGCGUCAGCCCCCUAUGAGUGAACGAACUCGGCGGAGAGUAUACCACUUUGAGGAGCAUGGCCAGAACCUUCAAACUUCUGGUCGCCAUAAUCCCCAUCACAGGCGUCGCCGAAGUCGCAAGUCUCGCUCUGACAAUGCUCUCAACCUCCUACCCAAGGAGAGAGCGCAAAUGUGCUGUAAAGUGGAUCAUAGAGGAAGCGCCCUCAGACCUAGGGGGCAUCAUGCCUUUCAUGGUCACCCCAAUCCUGCUGCCAUGUCAGACUACAGGCUACAGGGCAGGUUCUUGGGGCUGUAUGGUGACGAAGAUGACUGGUGCUCCACAUGUUCUUCUUCAUCCUCAGAUUCAGAGGAAGAGGGCUUUUUCUUGGGUCAGCCUAUCCCUCAGCCCAGGCCCCACAGACACUACUACACUGAUAACUUGUCCAGCCCUGUAGCAGGCAUGUCAUCACCUCCUUAUGAUCAAUGGAACAGGUCCAAAAAGAAAAAAGGCCACAAAGGGAAAAAUUGUAUAAUUUCAUAGGUUUUACACUCCCUAGCUUUGUGUAACGCUGCCACUUAAUAUCGCUUUUAUUUACUGUUUAAUAUACAAGACAUGCUUGCUAUUAAAUGCUUCACAGCCCAGUUUACUAUGGUAGUUGUGUAAAACACAAUUAAUAUGUCUCUGUGGCAUUACAAACUGCCGGUAAAGUAUUUGAGAAUAAGGCAUAUUUAUAAAAGGCAAACUGUGUUUAUUUAACAAUGCAGGUAUGAUGUAUAUAUUGUAAAAUGGAAAAAAGAAAGGAAAAAAAAAGUAAAAAGGAAACAAGAUUGCUAUUUUUGUACCUUUGAAAUGCUUUGUACUGAUGUAGCAUUAACAUUAAACUAUUUGCAGUUGGUACAGAGCCAUUUUAUAUGGAAAUGAAAUGACAAAUUGCCUUUGACUCAAGCUCUUUAGAUGUAUGUUGCUUCCAGGCUUCUGUAGCUAACAGAAAAUUACUGUGUGUUUUACAUUGCUUGGUUGAGCGGUGCAUUUAUGGGGUCACUGUAUUGUAAGCAAAUCAAUAUAAUCUGUAUAAAUGUACAAAAUGGAAUAUAGGGCCAAGAUGGGUGGUAAUUUGUGGUAUAUUAUUAAAUGGAUAUACUGUAAAGAACAAUAAUAUAUUGUUUAUUUCAAGGCCUCACAUUUUAUUUACAAAAGUUAAACCAGAAAUCUAAAUGAAGGAAAUCACAAGCAGCUUCAUUUUUACACAAUGCCAUAAAAAUUCAUGACUUAUAAAAUGCUGUCCUCUUGUCUAAGUAACACUUCACCUUGAAAAUACCAGUUAGACCCUCUGAUACUUGUUGGAAACACUACAAGCCUCCAGCUGGCCGAAUGAUUAAAUAUUUACAGUUGUCACCUUCUAGCAAUGACAUUAAGUAGAUACGAU